UAAGAACAAUCCAAAUGGUCUUUAACCAAGUAGGUAGCUAAAGAAUGGAGCUACAAGCCACCACAUCCCUCCCGUGACUAAUACAAAAUACCUAAAAAUCUCAACUUUCAAGACCUUCAAUAAAUUUAGCCCCUUAUACACCAUUUCCUAUACUGCUCCUUCUCUUCUCUUUCUUCACAUUCAUGCAGUCCCUACAAAAAAAACACAACUUCAGACCUCAGCUUACAAAAUGUCAAAUCCCCCUCAUGAACCCACUGACCUCUUUACUUCCUAAAACUCCAAAUAUAACUUUCAGAUACUCCCUCUCUGAUCCUCAUUUCAGUUUUCCCUGCCAAAAAAACAAACCCCCAAUUUAAUGCAUUUCCAUCAGGGGCUGCUAAAAAACAGCAUAUCUUCUUAUAAAAUCAUUCAACUCCUCUCCCUCUAUAAAAUUUAACUUCUGGGUAUCAUGUUAAGAUCACUCAAAAUGAACUCCCCUGUUUUUGCAAUGGAGGUCUCUGUUUUCCUCUGUUUCAUCUUCUGUUUUAGCUCUGUCCAGGUUUUGGCACAGACAUCCCCUGCUUUUGCUUGUGAUGUUCAAAGCCGUCCAGAUUUGGCAAGUUUUGGACUCCAAAAUCCCAUGUUGCGGGUCGAUGACAAGGUCGCUAUCACCUCCCGAAACCAGGAGCAUGCAGACGCCGUACACCUGCAGAGUAUUUCUACAGACAUCCAAGGCUCUGAACCUGCUAACCUACUUACAAGUAUACACAUCUAUAUAACUCCAAAAUAUAAUUCCAUCCAAGUUUCUCCACUGAAACUCAAUGAACUCCAAAUAUUUACAAAACUCAAAUAAUAACUCUAUAUCAUAGUUCAUUGUUAAAAAUAAUUCUCAAAACCCAAAAUAACAAGAAACUUUUAUUGUCUCCAAUGAUAAAAUCACACAAAUCUCCAAACUCGAGUCAUGAAAAUCUCAAUCUUAAUUAUUAAACCUAAAAACAAAAUAACUAUCUAGUUACGUCUCAACCCAUAUAUCCCGUCGUCCUGCCUCUAGGCAGUACUUAAAAAUGUUUGUUGCAGGUGUGAGCACAACUCAGUAUGCAUGCCAUACAUGUUCAGAAUUUCAAAUAAUUAAUUAAGACUCAAAACUGAAUCAUAGAGCUUUGUCUCAAUGCUAGAACUUAAAACAGACUAAUCAUGUAUUAAAUAUUGUGUCAAAAUAUAUUUUUCAGGAACAAGUACAGGAAGUCUGCCACAAUAUAUCAUGCAAGAAACAUGAAUAUCAGGACACUGGCUAGCUUCGGUCUAUAACAAGCAAAAUAACAUGUUGACAUGGCCAAUGCGUAGCCCCAUUGGCAACCAGGCAUAUAACAUUAUACAUGAUCAUCAUGGGUAGACAAAACUAGUUUUAGCUUGUUUAAAUAGAAAUAAGAUGUUCUA